AUGGCCGACGAAAACUUCGAGGACGACAUCUUCGACGAUCUUUACGAUGAGGAGCCAGCAGCGCAAUCCUCUGCGCCGGCUGCUGCCGCACCAGCUCCCCAAGCUGAGCCAGAGCCUACACAAGCUGAGCCAGCCAGUGCACCCCCAGCAGAGACUGCUCAGAACGACGCUCACGAUGCGGCUCCUUCGUGGCAAAACCAGCCUGCUGCAAACCAAGACCAAAUCAUGGACUCAUCCGGCUAUAAGGGAGGCGGCAAUAAUAAUAACAACCAGUCCUAUGACAAUGCACCCGUAGAGGAUGAUAACUACGGGCCUAUCAACGUCAAGGAAGACGGUUGGCAGGCAGGAUGGCCCUGUGGUGCAAGUGUGCGGUCUGCCCAUAAGGUCGGCGAGCAAGAAUUCGCAAAGGUCCAUGCUUGGCACAGAGAUCCACAACCUAGCUCAGAGGCUGCACAUGUGGUCGAAAGAACUUGGGAUAUGCAUCGCUAUACUGGCGAAUUGAUCAUGAUAGGAGACGGUGCGCUGCAAGCAGUGACUGAGGGAAGACGCUGGGCAUGA